GCAAGCCGCAAUAUGGGCUCAAUACCGACAUCUCAUGGACCUGAUCCACCAAAGAGGAUUCCAGUCCUUGAUUUAUCACUAGCAUCUGAUUCAAAGCAGAAACCGCAGCUCUUGGAUCAGCUCCACAACGCUCUCUUCGAGGUCGGAUUCCUUUUCAUCAUCAAUCAUGGCGUAAAGCGAAAGACAAUCGACAAUCUCACAGAUCUAUUACCAUCAUUAUUCGCUCUUCCAGAGCCUGAGAAAGCGGCUCUGAGCAAGCUCAAUAGCCCACACUUUCUUGGCUACAGCGGCUUUGCCGAGGAGACGACUUUGGGGAAACAGGACCUUCGAGAACAAUUUGAUUUUGCGACUGAGCUUCCGCCUGUGUACCAGGAUGCCGAUUCUAAUGAUAGCUCGAAAUCUGUUCAAGACAGAGACUUCUCGAAACUCUUUUGGCGACUUCGCGGGCCGAAUCAAUGGCCUCUAGAAUCCUCACUUCCAGGCUUCCGCAAAGCAUUCACGGAUUACCAUGAUGCGGUACAAGAUUUAUCAUAUCGUUUCGUUCAUCUGAUCGAGGAAGCUUUCGGGAUUCCUGUCGGCACUUUCGAUCAUUUCUUUGGCAAGGGUCACUCAGACAAUCGAAGCAAAGACACACGAACGUUUUUGCCGCCACAACAUCGCAUCAAACUUCUCAAAUACCCCCCUUCUCCAAAAAAUGAGACUGGAAGUCAAGGUGUCGGCGCACAUAAAGACUCAUCUGGUUGGCUCACAUUCUUGUACCAAGUCGGCAAUGAACCUGGCCUGGAAGUCAUGUCAGCAUCAGGCGAUUGGAUUCCAGCAACCCCCAUUGAUGGAAGCUUUGUCGUGAAUUUCGGAAACGCUUUCGAUGCUGCGACUGAAGGUGCUGUGAAGGCGACUAUUCAUCGUGUGAUCGCUCCUGGACCAGACAGUCCCGUUCGAUACUCCAUACCAUUCUUCCAAGGUCUGCCGCUUGACAUGACUGUAUCAGAAGUGCAAAGCUGCAUCCCUGAAGAAGUUCGACAGCUGAGAAAAGAUUCCGACACGUCUUAUGAUGGAGUCUCUAGCUUCUUGAAUCCGAGAUGGGACAGUCUGGGCGAGAGUCAGUUGAGGAAAUGGAUCAGAUCGCAUAAAGACGUAGGAUUGAAAUGGUACGGCCAGGAUGCUGUCGAUUACUACACAUCUGCAGACUGAGCGCUACUCACAAUAUCGGUUGGCUUCCACUACAGCUAAUUCUUGUCUCCAUCGUAGCUAGCAAAAGCACCACCGUACGCCUCAACCGUAGCCUUGUCAAUAACCUGCAU